CAGUUAUUAGUUAUAGGAUUAUUCAUCAUGGGUGAACAACCACUGAGUUCAAGGUCACUCCCAAAUCAUGAAAACCAUCCAUCUGUGAGGCAAGCCAGGAUGGACCGUGUUAUGGAUCGAAUGAGGAAGAUGAUAAACUUUUUUUCAGAGGAGCAACGAAGAAAUUUAUUGUCUCAUAUGCCACUUUAUAUACCUGUUGAGGGAGAGUAUUCAGGAACUGAGCUAAUGUAUUGUGCUGUGGAUGGAGGGUUACUGAGAAAAACAAUGUUGGAGCAUCUUAAGAUAGGAGUUGUGUCUAAAACUCGAUCAGAAUCGAAAGAGUUGGAAAGCAUUGGUGAACAGCCUGAGACGUGUGUUAUAUGCUUGGCUGAAUAUGAGGACCUAGAGCAAAUUGCCACCUUAGAUUGUGGACAUGAAUAUCAUAUGAAAUGCAUAGGGCAAUGGCUACGCAAGGGCAAAUGUUGUCCUCUGUGCAAAAAGGCUUAUUAAUUCCAAAAGAUUGGGAUCCUAGGCGAUCGUGCAAAAGGUGUCGUGUGCCUUAAACUCAUUUUGCAACAGACAGUGAUAUUCUUUUGAUUUGGACCUCUUACAUAGGUUAAAUAUAUUUAGUUGAUUAUUUCACUCUCUUACUAGUAAGAUUGGUAACUUAUAGGUCUGAUUUGAUUGGAGGGAAAAUGCUAUUCUCUUUUAGGUUUUUUAAAUGUUCUAUUCUUGUUCAUUAGGGUCAGUGUCUAUGGAACAAAAUGCUUAUGCAAUUAUGCAAUUACGUUUUUUUCCUUGUUAUUUCAAUGGAUUAGUGGCGAGACUUUCUCAUUAGGUGCUGUAAGACCAAACUUUAUAACUCAAAUUAUUUUCUUU